AUGGAUGCUAAAAAGAUCCAAGUCAAUCGUGACAAAAUAUCUUCAAAAAUUGCUCCAAGUCUUUCAAAUUUUUUGGGACGACCUGAAUUCAUUUUGUGCUUGGAACCCGACAAGGCGGCACACAUCAAAACCAUCAUAGAUGUGUCAUAUCUGAUAAAAAAGGCUGAAAAUACUUUUCAACAACCGGAUUCAAUCACACCGAGGAAUUAUGAAAAUAGCUUGGAGAAACUGUCGAUGGUUAUGGAAGACAUGAAAAUGAGAAAUUCUAAAAAAACAAUUCCUGUUGUUAAAUACAUAGGGAAAUAUGAGUAUUUGAUGUUCUGGGAAACAACGUUUACUUCUGCUGCAAAAUGGUUGGCUGGAAUUGCUGAAUUUCAAAAGCUAGAGCUUUCUGUGAGAAUAGAAAUUCUAAAAACUGUCUGGAUGUUGUGGGCAAGGUUAGACAAGCUUGCUGAAACUGCAGAAUUUCAAAGAAAACAAAAACUCAAAAACAAUGUGUACAUGUGGACAGAGGAGACUUGUAUGGAUUUGAAAAAUGUGGAGAUAGAUCUGAAAUGGUGUACGAACUAUACAACAGAACAAAUGAUGUUCUACCUCCAGCCGGAUUCUGGCUCAAGUUGGAAGAAAACUAUUGAGAGCCUUAUUGAGUUAGAACCCACAAACGUUGAGCUGAAUUUCAUGUUAAUUCAGUUAUGCCUACAACACGCUGGCGUCAGGAACCAAGGGAAAGUUCUAGAAGCUACUGAUCGUAUUAUUCAAACGCAAGCUGAUUACCUUCAUCAUCAUUACACGAAUAUACUGAACAUUCCAAGAUAUUCGAAUCGGUUGGAAAAACUUAUGAAAGUGAAUAAGUUGAUUGAAUCGAGUGUCAGAUUACGGAGGGAUAGGAACCAGAUUUCGAAGCUUUUUGAUGUGUUUUCUGUAGAUUUUUCUCAUCCAGAAAUGUUUGAGUUGACUUAA